GGAAGUCGAUGUAAAGGUGGUAGAGAUACCAUGGAUUUACCCAUAUGUAUCGAUUAUUGGUUGGCAUUAAGUGCGAAACUGUAAAAAAACAAUGAUUCAAGAGUUAAAAUAUGUAAAACAAACGUUGGACAUAAAUUCAUUUUUGGAAAAUUUUGCAUUUCAAACAUAUCCAUUUCAUUGUGGGCUUUACAGUAACGAAUAUUAAUGCUGUUUGUUGAAAGAUACAAAAUUGUAGAGACUUAAAAAGCAUAUCUUUUAAACUGAGUUUUCUCUUUUAAGUUUUAUUGCUAUUGAAAUAAAUGAAAAAUACUGUAGAGGUCUCAUAUUUAUCGCCCAUCUGUUACUUCAAGCAGGAAAUAGAUAAUACCCUAGUGAAUGUACUGAGCUAAGGGUACCCGAAAAAGUACCCUGCUACUAGUAUGUCACAGGAACUUUCGGGUACUGAAGUACCUUAAAGUACUUUUAGGUACCUAUAAGGUACUCGACCAAGUACCCUGCUGGAAAGCAUCCAUUAAAUGGGUACUUGAAGGUACUGAUCAAGUACCCAACUGGGUACUAUUGUUCAGUAAUUUUGGGUACCCUGUUGCCAAACUUGCAGUAUGUUGAUGAUCGAAACUAACCUCUGGCUUUUUUUCAUUUUUGUUUCUCUCAAAGUAAUUUAUGAUAUUUUCUCGAUUUUAUUUUAUUUUAUUUUUCUAAUUCUGAAAAGCCAAGCAGGUCAAAUUUCGAGAUCUGACCGGACGCGAAUUGGUCGGAUCUCCAUCAGACCACUUCAAGGUAGUCCUCUCUCAAUCUACGAUUGAGAUCAGCAUGUCCUCGACUAGUAAAUAGUCAAGAAAAAUAAUCUAGAAAAAAUUAGUAUGAAAAAAUAUUUUUUUCUUAUGCUUCUUCGAGUUGCUUAUAUGAAGCCGUAUAUGCAAAAGAAAACGGUGAAUGAACAGUUGCUACACAGAACGCAACAAAUCUAGGGUACCCUGUAGAGCUUUUCCUAGUAAAGUUACAGGUGCGGGUACUCAUGCAAGUACUUGUUCAGUAAACAUACUGCAAUGGGUACCCAAUGCAGCACCUACGUCAGUAUAAUUACUGAAAAUUUUCGAAGUACCCAUAUCGGGUACCCUGCUGAAGCUUUCUCAGUACAUGGGUACCCUGAACUCAGUACUUUCUCUAGGGUACGAGAAAGCCAUUAAAAAAACUUGAUUGGUCUUUCUUAUUAAAGAUCGAUCACAUUUUGUGCAAGUAAUGAAUCGAAAUAUUGUUUAUACAGCCUGUAUUGACUUGAUUGAUCUACAAAUUAUUGGAUACGAAGAAGAAAUCAAUUGAAUAUGAAAAUGAAAAAAAAAAUGUUUGGGUAUUUCUUUGUUGAACAAUUUUUCUUGUGUCUAAAGACACCUAAAAAAAAAGAGAUGUGAUCAACAGUGUACUGAAGUAAUGUAAGAAGAUUUUGCAUUUUAAAAAAGGCAUAACACACUCAUUACUCUAAGAAUGCAGUAUAUAUAUAUAUAUAUAUCCUUAAGAAAGUAUAAUGCAAAUCAAAUUUAAUAAAAACUGAAUCUAUUCUUAUAUAGUCACGCUCGUUCGGAAAAGAAUCAGAUCAUGAACAUUGGAAUAUGUUACGUAAGAAUUGUUUGAUUGAAUUCGUAAGACCGUUGUUGAUGUCUUCAUACAAUUAUUGUAACAUAAUCUUUAUUUCAAUAGAAUUGUGUGUGGAGAAAUGCGCAUAUGUCUCUGAUUCACACUGAAUGCAAUUAAGCUAUAUUAUCAUUAACGCAUCUCAUGCCUUAUUGCAAUGCAUUCUAAAGUAAUAGGAAGUAAAUCAAGCUGUAUCAAUAUUGGUAAAAGCUUGUUAAAAAAAAGCAAAAAUAAUUUAAAGAGAUUGAAAAUAUUUUGCACUUGCAAACAAAUAAAUUCAAGUACAAAAACACGCUGUCUGACCCUAUGUUCACUAUUUAUCUUAUUUUUUUUGCCUCGAUAUCGAGGUAUUCGAAUAGUUUGGAGACGUAGUUAAGCAGAGGAAAAGAAACGAAAAAAAAUCUAUUGUACAAUAUAUGAUUGCUUGUUUCAAUAAUCUAUAUUCUUUGUGUUUAAUUCGAAUAGUGAUCGUAGCGGUCAUGACGUGAUAAAACGUCUAGGCCAACGAAAUAAUUAUUUUGAUACUCGGAGAAAGAUAGAGAGAGAGAUAAAUAGAAAGAGAGAGAGAUAAAUAGAAAGAGAGAGAGAGAUAUAGAAAGAGAGAGAGAUAGUAGAUAGAACAGACCAUCUAUAAAAGCUAAAGAAAAUCAAAGCACCACUUAUAAUAUAAAAAUAUCCGGUGGUAUUACGGUAAGUGUUUUCUUAACUUUUUUUUUGCCCUCUGAGAAACCAACUCUAGAGUUCUGAAACCGUUAACAUUUUCUUGUAGUUUCAGUUGAAAAUUGUAUACGAUACAAAAUUGUGCAACAUUUUUUUUUAAAUAAAAAAAGCUUUUUUUUUUAUUAUCAAUAUCCAAAAGACUUUAGAGAUAUAAUUGUAUUUUCACGUUUCAGAAUUAGAAUAAAUUUUUUAAUUUGAUAUCGACUUCUCAUCGAUAGAUGAUUCCAGUAGAUGGUAGUGGUAGCUAUAGAAGUGAAGGGAUACACUUCCAGUGUUUUCGAUUGGAAGGUCACGAGAUAAAGAGAGAAAAAAAAGAAUGAGGCCAUGAGAAGAAAAGAGACAGCAGAAUAAAAAGAAUAAAGAAAAGUAUGGCAGUUGGAAAAGAUAAAGUAAGGACCUUGGACAAAAUGUUUUUUUUAUGAAAAUUUAAAUAUAAUAAAUAAUUGUGUUUUCUUUUUUAGUUUGAUCCAAAAACGGCUGAUGAGAAAAGAAGCAAGGCGGUGAAAGAUGUCGCCUCGCUGAUAGCGGCGAAGCUCGUCGAUAUCGAUAUCCGGCUUGCUUCGAUCGAGACUUCGAUCGGCAAGCUCGAUACCCGGAUGAGUUCGGUGGAAUCCGAGCUCAGUGCCCUAAAGACUACCAUUAACAACUUCCUUGCGAAGUUGAGCUCGGUAUUCGAUCAGGAUACCCAGUAAGUUCACCGCUUCUUCUAAGCGGAUCCGACCUCAAAUGUCGGAGUCCGCAUCAUAUAGCGGUGAACUUAGUCAGAAGGGCAAAAAUAAAAGCAGUGAUCAUGUUCGGGCAAACCCUAUUUCAUGGUUUGCUUCGAGAACGAUCAAUGCGACAAAUAUAAAGGAUAAUUUCAACAAUUUUCAAUGAAAUUUUUUUCUUCUUUAUUACAGAUUUUCAUAUAAUUUGCUCAUCUCAGUAGGUUUUCUUUUAUUUCUUUUGUUACUUGUAAACAAAUUAUUUUUUUUAGAUCGUGCGUUAAUGUAUCUCAAUUCAUGUUGGUCAAGCUGGUGUUCAAAUAGGUAAUGUAUGUUGUAAAUUAUUUUUUUUAGACUAUGGAAUUCAACUUGAUGGACAAAUGCCGUUAAAUGAAACUAUUGGUAGAGGUGAUGAUUCAUUCAACAUCUUCUUCAUUGAAACACAUGCUGAUCAACCACAUACUGGUACCUAUCGUCAAUUAUUUCAUCCUAAACAAUUAAUUACUAGAAAAGAAGAUGCUGGUAAGUUAAUUUAA